CCAAAUCUGUAGCAGAACCCUUAAACCUUAUCCCCAUUUCAAAAAAAAAAACCUCAAAGGAAGCUAAAGAAGCCAUGUCUGCCUCCGUUUCCCUCUCUUCCUUCAAUCCCAAAUCCCUUCCUCUCUGCUUCUCCAGGUCCGCUUCCCUCUCCGUCUUACCUCCUUCCCUCUCCUUCAAACUCCACUCCCUCUCUCUCUUCGCUUCCUCCCCCCUGAAAUGCUCCUCCCCGUCUCGUUUCAUCAGAAACGUCGCCGUAUCCUCAGAUUUCGAGGUGGAGGAGGACGACAUGUUCGCUGACGAUGACUCGCCGCCGCAGGAGCGCAGCUCCUUCUCUGCUGACCUCAAACUAUUCGUCGGUAACCUUUCUUUCAAUGUCGAUAGCGCACAGCUCGCUCAACUGUUUGAGAGCGCAGGCAACGUUGAGAUGGUUGAGGUUAUCUAUGACAAAGUGACUGGUAGAAGCAGAGGUUUUGGGUUUGUGACUAUGUCCUCUGCAGCUGAAGUUGAAGCUGCUGCUCAACAGUUUAAUGGCUAUGAAUUUGAAGGCAGACCUUUGAGGGUUAACGCUGGCCCUCCUCCACCUAAGAGAGAGGAAUCAUUCUCCAGAGGACCAAGAAGUGGUGGCUAUGGUUCAGAACGUUCCAGCUACGGUUCUGAACGUUCUGGUUACGGGUCUCAACGUUCAGGACGUUCUGGUUACGGUUCUGAGCGCUCAAGCUACGGUUCUGGGUCAAGUUCGGGAUCUGGUUCAUCAGACCGUGUUUAUGUGGGUAACCUUUCAUGGGGUGUGGAUGACAUGGCUCUUGAGAGCUUGUUUAGUGAGCAAGGAAAGGUUGUUGAGGCCAGGGUCAUUUACGACAGGGACACUGGUCGAUCAAAGGGUUUUGGGUUUGUGACACUCGGCUCUCCACAAGACGUCACAAAAGCCAUCAAUUCUUUGAAUGGAGCAGAUUUGGAUGGAAGACAGAUUAGAGUCUCGGAGGCUGAGGCUAGGCCACCAAGGCGUCAAUUUUGA